AUGGCUCAAGGGAAUCUAAAGCUAAAAUCCAAGGGUCCGGCAAGAGUCACCAAAAAGCAACAAAAUCCGAAAAGAGCAGCUCCCAAAAUCAUCAAACCCAAAAAGCAAACAGCAAAAGAAGCACAAAAGUUGACCAAAAUCCAUCAAGGUCAGUUGAUGAAAAGUACCGAGAAGUUGAUUGCCAGUAGAGUAGGUCAUUUGGAACUUUUGAAGGGAACAAGAAGGGAAAUUGAGAAGGAAAAUAAAGGUGAUAAGAAAAAGAAAUGA